CACACACACGCACACACACACACACACACACUCCGGUGCUUGGUAUUUGGCCGAGAGAUAGAUCUUUUCUGUCAGAGGACCACAGCGCAGAGGAGGCUGUUAGUUUCUCAAACUGAGCUCCACAAGAGGAAUGAGGGACCGGGAGACCGAGUCAUACCCGGCAGGAGUGCUGCUCUUUGUGGGACAACGUAUCUUCAUCUGACCCGAAGAGACAAGGAUGGUUUUUCUGUAGGGAAACUUAUUAACUUCGGUCCACACUUUUUCAUGAUGUCAGUGGAACGGAGGGCACUGCUGGAGCAGAAGCAACGAAGGAGGCGUCAGGAACCCCUCAUGGUCCAACCCAACACAGAGGCUCGGCCCCGUCGCUCCAGGACAAGGCGAGGUGAGGAGCAGGCCCCGCUGGUGGAGUCUCAACUCAGCGUCACCAACGAUGUCAUCAUGGAUGGUAUCGAUGGCCCGGCAGCUUUCCUGGGCUCAGAAGCUCCCGAUCUGGGAACCAAAAUCCAAAUCCUGUCAGCGAGCCAGUCCCAGUCUCAGUCCCCCAAGUCUCAGUUCAAACCGCAGUCUCAGCCCCAGAGUCCCGUAGCUGAAGAACCAGAGAGAGACGGAGAUACUGAGACGCUGCUGGAGCCCAAGACAGAUAUCCAUGAACUGCUGCAGAAGCAAGGCCUGUGUGGAAGUAUGAACUUUGAUGAAACCGGUGACCACGAGGAAGACGUGGACGAAGAACGGACACGUUCUCUGUCUCCUGAUACCAACAGGCCUUCCUCAGCCGCGAGUGGAAAGGACAUUCCAGAGGUCGUGGCCCCCGGAUCACCCACAGCAGACAGCUUACUAGUAGAUGUGGCAAACCUAGAAGAGUUUGUCUUGCGUCCAGCACCACGCGGCACCACGGUUAAAUGUCGAAUCAGCCGUGACAAGAAGGGCAUGGACCGUGGCCUCUACCCAACCUACUUCAUGCACAUGGAGAGAGAAGACGGCAAGAAGGUGUUUCUGUUGGCAGGAAGAAAGAGAAAGAAGAGUAAAACAUCCAACUACCUUAUUUCAGUGGAUGCCACUGAUCUGUCACGAGAGGGAGAGAGCUUCAUCGGUAAACUCAGGUCCAACCUCAUGGGCACCAAAUUCACAGUGUACGACAACGGCACCAAUCCCUGCAAAAACCCCGGGGCUCUGCUGGAAGAAAGCAACACCCGACAGGAGCUGGCUGCCAUCUGCUAUGAAACCAACGUGCUGGGAUUUAAAGGACCGCGAAAAAUGACUGUAAUCAUCCCCGGCAUGAGCAUGAACUUUGAAAGAGUCCCUGUGAGGCCUCAGAACGAGCAGGAGAGUCUCCUGAGCAGGUGGCAGAAUCAUUCACUGGAUCACCUGAUUGAGCUGCACAACAAGGCUCCUGUGUGGAACGAUGACACUCAGUCUUACGUGCUAAAUUUCCACGGACGUGUAACUCAGGCUUCAGUCAAAAACUUUCAGAUAGUUCACGACAAUGACCCUGACUACAUCGUCAUGCAGUUUGGCCGAGUGGCUGAAGACAGCUUCACCCUGGACUACAACUAUCCCAUGUGUGCUCUCCAAGCCUUUGCCAUCGGCCUGUCGAGCUUCGACAGCAAGUUGGCCUGUGAAUAGUCGCGCAGGUACAUCAUCUUUUGAUUCCUGCGUGGCAGCUCAGGUUUUCUUUUCCCCUCGAGCCAGGGGGUUUACAGGGGUUGAUUCAAUAUCAGUUUACCCAACUUUGUACAGUAUAUGUACAGAGUGUACAGACUGAAAAAGGGAAAUGCAAAACCUACGAUCCAUCUGUGCUGGAGACGGGUGCUCUUAUAAGACACCAAGUGCAAAAAGGACUGGCAUUCUGUGAAGAUAUGUGUAAUAAUCAUAUUUUCUGUUGCUUUUGAAUUUAAUUUCAGUGUUUUUUUUGGUCACGCUAGCAGUGUAUCUCUGAGACAUCAAAGCAUAAAUCAUUUUAGAUUAACACGGCCUUUCCUGUGGCACCACCUGCAGGCCAAAACUCUAGAAUUUUUAAAGAAUAAAGAACAGGAAAGAGCUCAGUUUUUCUUUUCUUUUUUAACCCAUGCAGCAGUUUGUUCUGUUAAGUAAAGAGCAUCACAGUCUCAAUGCUAGUGUGGCUACUAUUUUUAUUUUUAACUGGUUUACAUCUUAAAACGUCCACUAAUUUUGACAUAAUUUUUUCACUAUUUGUCUUGAUGUUUCUUUGUUCCUCACGUGGAAGUUGUAUUAUUCAGAACAGGCCUGUCUUAUUGUGGGAGUUUUUUGUGAUUAAGUAAUUUUUACCAUGUGACUGUGAUUUUGCUUUGUCUUAGCAAGUUCAAUUACCACCACAAAGAAAACAUAAAAGCAGAAAUGCACAUUUUAAGAGAAAGGAUAAACCUACUGUAAAUAGAAUACAAGAUAAUGCCUUCUCAAUUGACCUAUACUAAAUGUUAAAUGUCAUUUCAAGACAUGGGAUUUUAAGAUAAAGGAAGUUUAGCAUAAAUAUUCUACACAGAGCUUAUAUUUUCUUGGAUACACGGAUAUAAAAAUCAUCCAGGACUUUUCUGUUUUUGUGAAAAGAAAUUUGAAAGUCCACCUACAAGGAGUAUUGAAAAUGUGACAUUUUAAUGAGUUGAAAUGAAGCUAGGGCCAGUUUUGUACGACUCAAGUUUUAGUCGUAUUCCUCCCUUUUUAAUAGUUUUAUUUACAAGGGAAACACUAAGUACAUCAAUAAGGGAUUACUUUACGUAUUUUUGUCAUUCUCCUUUACACACGAACUACAAAUACUUGGGUUUGUCUGAAGAUGUUAUUCAUACAAAAAAAAUAAAUUAAAAAAAUAACCGUUUGCUAACAGUUUAAUAAAUCCCAGUUGUCAUUUUGUACUCUAAAAUGUAAAAAAAAAAACAAAAAGGUGCAAUUAAGUUUUCAAGAAAGGAUCUAUAGAGAAUAUUUUGAACUACACUCUAUAUGCUUUUACUAAGAGAGAUUUUGGUGAAACACAUUCCAGGAACAUAAAAUCAGGUAAACGGCAGUAUUUCAAAAUACAAAAAAAUACAAAUUAUUAAAAUAUUAAAAACUGUUGUUUUAUUAUUCUGAGAGAUGAAUGUAUUCAGUGAACAGAUUAUUUUCAUAAACACGACAGAAGUCAAUCUGAUUGUGAAAAAUAAACAAAAGUCCUUAUUUCCAGUGAUGUAAAAUCUUUAAAUAACCAAAAUAAAAGAGAUUUUAAAACAUAAAGUGCAUUAUCUUUUCGGAAUACAAUCGACCAUUUUACCUUGUUGUCACAUAAAGUCAUUGCAUAAAAUCUUUAUAUUUUGUCCAAGCAAACAAAGAAUUUUCUGUAAGUGCAAAUCAUAAUAUUUGAUAACAUUUUGUGUCUUAUUACACCAGAACAUUGUGAACACUG